GUUAUUUAUAAAAGAAAAGGCCCCAAUUAUGAGGAGAAGAAAGUCGUAACUUCAUCCCUCGUUCCACACACUUCAUCAAUCAUCAUCUCCUUUUUCACUUCUCUAUAGAUCCAAGAUUUUCAGUUGAAAAUAUCUACGAUCAAGGAACUAUGGCGAAGGCCGAGGAUGUUUUUGUUGGGUCAAUCGAUCAAGGAACUACCAGCUCCAGAUUUAUCAUCUACGAUCGCCAUUCUCGACCCAUCGGAUCUCAUCAAGCCGAGUUCACUCAGUUCUACCCUGAAGCCGGAUGGGUGGAGCAUGAUCCCGUCGAAAUUCUGGAGAGUGUGAAGGUUUGUAUGGCUAAAGCUCUAGAUAAAGCCACCGCGGCGGGUUACAAUGUGGAUAAUGGAUUGAAAGCCAUUGGUCUGACCAAUCAGAGAGAGACAACUCUGGUUUGGAGUAAAUCUACUGGCUUUCCCCUCCAUCACGCCAUUGUUUGGAUGGAUGCUCGUACAAGUUCUAUUUGCAGAAAAUUGGAGAAGGAAUUAUCUGGUGGGAGAACCCAUUUUGUGGAUACUUGUGGUCUGCCCAUAAGCACCUAUUUCAGUGCAGUGAAGUUGAUUUGGCUGAUGGAAAACGUGGAGGCUGUUAGGGAAAGUAUAAAAAAGGAAGAUGCUUUAUUUGGAACUAUAGAUACUUGGUUGAUAUGGAACUUAACUGGUGGUGUCAAUGGAGGAUUACAUGUGACUGAUGUUUCGAAUGCAUCACGAACAAUGUUGAUGAACCUCAAGACUCUUGAUUGGGACAAACCUACCUUGGAAACACUAGGAAUACCUGCACAAAUCUUGCCUAAGAUUGUCAGUAACUCUGAGGUCAUUGGAAAAAUAUCUCAAGGUUGGCCAAUUACUGGUGUUCCCAUUUCAGGAUGUUUAGGUGACCAACAUGCUGCAAUGCUCGGUCAAGCUUGUAGGAAAGGUGAGGCUAAAAGCACAUAUGGGACUGGUGCUUUUAUACUUCUCAAUACAGGGGAAGAGGUUGUUCAGUCCAAGCAUGGCCUUCUAACCACUUUGGCAUUCAAGCUUGGCCCGGAUGCUCCAACAAAUUAUGCUCUCGAAGGCUCCAUCGCCAUUGCUGGAGCUGCAGUUCAGUGGCUUAGAGACAGUCUUGGAAUUAUUAGCAGUGCACAAGAGAUCGAGAAAUUGGCAUCGCAGGUGCAGUCUACUGGUGGGGUUUAUUUUGUACCUGCCUUUAAUGGGUUGUUUGCUCCAUGGUGGCGUGAUGAUGCUCGCGGAGUCUGUAUUGGGAUCACAAGGUUUACAAGCAAGGCUCAUAUUGCUCGAGCUGUACUCGAGAGUAUGUGUUUUCAAGUGAAGGACGUGUUGGAUUCGAUGCACAAAGAUGCAGUAGAGAAGGGUGAGGUGAAGAAUGAGAAAGGGGAAUUCUUGCUUAGAGUGGACGGUGGUGCUACUGUCAACAAUCUUUUAAUGCAAAUUCAGGCGGACUUGUUGGGAAGUCCAGUGGUGAGACCUGCCGACAUCGAGACAACUGCCCUUGGAGCAGCUUAUGCAGCAGGAUUAGCCGUUGGAAUUUGGAGUAAGGAUGAGAUUUUUGACUCAGGAGAAAGGGUCAAAAGUGCAACCACUUUCUAUCCUGUAUUAGAAGAAGAGUUGAGGAAGAAGAAGGUGGAAUCAUGGUGCAAAGCUGUUUCAAGAACCUUUGAUUUGGCUGAUCUUUCUCUUUGAUGGGUUCUUCUUCAACUUUGCAAUGUAUUUCCUUCUUUUCUUCUUUUCUUGUACAAGUGCCUCUUUUACGUGUUCAUGAAUUAUAGUCACCCAGAAUAAAUUUAAAUAUAGUGGAAUAAUACAACGGAACAAAUUUUCAUCGUGACAAAAUUCAAAUUUUCA